AUGUAUGAUUUUUCUUUUUGCAUCAGACUUUAUGCAAGGCUGCACAAUAAAAAGUCUACUCAAGAGUACAUUAAGGUAAAGGCAGGUAAAGUUAAGGGGUUGCCAGAGGUAUCUCGCGCAGGCCAGAGUCGGUAUGCAGAAGACAACCGGCCGAGUCAGCAGCAGGGCGGCCUCCAGUUGUGUUGCCAAGAGCUCCAAUACGUCAACGAGCAGUGCCAGUGUGAGGCUGUGAAAGAAGCAUUCCGGGAAGCCCAGAAGAUGCAACAACAACAACAGGGACAACAAGGCGGAAGCUUCGGUUCCAAGCAGAUCAGACAGAUGAUGCAGAAGGCUCAGAACCUUCCUAACCAAUGCAAACUCCAAACUAGACAAUGCCAAGUCGGAAAAAUCUCAAUCACUACCUUCACCACUAUCACCGAGGACACCACCUACAGCCGCCGUGGCUCGCAACAGCAGUGCGAGCACAUCCGAGGCCGACAAUUCAACCAGUGCCAAAAUUUCAUCCAACGACAAAUGGGUUCCUAUGCAACCCUUCUGAUGAGCGUCAGCAGGCAAGGUCAACAGCCACAAGGUCUCGAACAAUGCUGCAGUGAGCUUCAGAACGUGGAGGAAGAAUGCCAGUGCGAGGCCAUGCAGGAGGUGUACAGGCAAGCCCAGAGGCAGCAGCAACAAGGGAGCCAACAACGUGGCCGACGUGGUGGACAGCCUCAGACCCAAGACUUGCAGCAGAUUGUUCAAAGUCUGCCCAACCAAUGCAAACUAGAAGUGCAUCAAUGCCGAAUCCCAUCUACCAUGUUCUAA